AUGGAGAAAUGGAAUCAAACUUCAAAUGAUUUCAUUUUGUUGGGUUUGUUUCUCCCAAAUCAAACUGGCCUACUUCUCUUAACCCUCAUCAUUCUCAUAUUUUUCCUUGCCUCCAUGGGAAACUCAGCCAUGAUUCAUCUCAUACGAUUGGAUCCCCAUCUCCACAAACCUAUGUACUUUCUACUCAGCCAGCUCUCCCUCAUGGACCUGAUAUACAUCUCCAGUACUAUCCCCAAGAUGGUGUUCAACUUCCUUUCUGGCCAGAAAAGCAUCUCCUUCCUGGGAUGUGGUAUACAAAUCUUCUUCUUCUCAACAAUGGCAGGUUCUGAAGGUUUACUACUGGCUUCAAUGGCCUAUGACCGUUACAUGGCCAUUUGUCACCCUCUUCAUUAUCCAAUCCAUAUGAGUAAAGGGAUGUGUGUCCAGCUAAUCAUAGGAUCCUGGAUCAUGGGGUCCAUCAAUUCCUUGGUACACACAGCCUAUGUCCUCCAUAUUCCUUACUGCCAGUCAAGGGCCAUUAAUCACUUCUUUUGUGACAUUCCAGCCUUGUUGCCUCUUGCAUGUAUGGACACCUGGAUCUAUGAGUACAUGGUUUUUGUGAGCACAAUCCUCUUUCUCCUCAUUCCUUUUCUUGGCAUCACAGCUUCAUAUGGUCAGGUCCUUUAUGCUGUCUAUCAUAUGCACUCAAAAGAGGGAAGAAAAAAGGCCUUCACUACCUGUUCAACACAUUUAACUGUAGUGACAUUUUACUAUGUUCCUUUCAUCUACACAUAUCUUCAACCCAGGAAGCUUCGCUCACCUAGAGAAGAUAAAAUGUUGGCAGCAUUCUACACCAUCCUCACCCCCAUGCUCAAUCCCAUUAUCUACAGCCUGAGGAAUAAGGAAGUGCUGGGUGCUGUGAAAAGAGUGUUUGGGGUAUUCUCUUCCAUGAAAGAAUAG